CCCAGGAGCACAGGGACUGUCUCUUAUUACACCGUAUUUUGCACCUUGCGCAGUGUCUAAGAACACUCACUUAAAGUCAGAAAACCGUUGACUCUAAGUUGAAGAAACUUACUUUUGGUUGCACCUGAUGCGACGUUGUUUGACUGCAGCAAACAGUUCGGUGAUGUGGAUGUGGUCAUUACGCACUGAAGCUGUGACAAAACUCGAUGUUUGCCUGUAGACCUGGACUUUUAAAGCGUGUUAUUUUUCGUCUUCUUCUUCUUAUUUUUGCCUGAACAGUCACAUGACGCAAAGUUUUGCUUGGAGUCCAGGUUUUGUGGUGAGACUGUGUGCCUGUCAAGCGGAGUCGCGUGUUUUAUCGCUGAUAACCCGCAAGGAGACAUGAACGUCUCUUUCUUCGGCGUGACCCAGGGCGCACUGUUUAACGGGAGUCAGACCCUAGCCGGAACUCUGGCAACGUACUCCGGCAAUGGCACCGACAACGUAGUGACCGGCGACGGUGGCGGCUCGCUGGUGCUGCUGCAAGACGAGCGCAAACUCUUCGUCAUGCGUGUGGUGCAAAUCGCGGUGCUGUGUGUGUUGUCGCUCACUGUUGUGUUCGGUAUAUUUUUCCUCGGGUGCAACCUGAUGAUCAAGUCGGAGAGCAUGAUUAACUUCCUAGUGAAGGAUCGGCGACCCUCCAAAGACGUGGAGACGGUCAUGAUCGGGCUCAGCUAGAGCAUGGUUGAGCUGGUACUGUGGAGAACUGAAGCGGAGAUCCGGUGUGGGGAUCUAAUUCGCGUUUACAACCGCAGAUCUGCAUCUGCAUCUGCAUGUACCUAUAAAAAAGACGCUCUCUGUGUGUCUUAGCGAGGAAAGAUAUGCAAAAACUUCACAUUUCCUUCCGAAAAAUGACUACAGGAAAGUAGUCCAGCGACCAAUGUUUGUGCGUAAAGCUUGUGCGUAAAAGACGGACAGUUGUUUACACGUGGGCCGAUCUGUUGAUUCUUUUGAGUGAAUUCAAUAUUGCCAACUUGAACAAAGUGACGAAAAUGUUUACAAGCUGUUACCUCAUUUUUUGUUGAGUUAUUUCAUUUAUGUUUCUGUUCAUUUAAAAUAAUUGUUAAUGAAUGUUUUUUAAAGCUGUCAAAAAGCAUGAUUGUGAAUUCUUAUAGUUCCACGUCUGCUAGUGAACUCUGUGGACGUGAUGGAUAUGUGGGUAUUCUCUAUACAAAGUAUUUUUCUUGGUCUCAUUUGGUAAAUACACUCUACUGAAAUCUUGCAUGUUUUUCAACAAACUCAACAACACAGCUUUAUGGAGUGAUUCUGGUCAUGUUUGGCAUGCUCGCUAAUUGAUCUGUAAAGUGAUUUCUGGACCCGUUUUGCACUUUUUGAAAUCACUGAUGCUGCAUGAAUUAUUUUGUACCAAAAGAAGUUUG